AUGCUGUUUCUCGCAGUUGGUUAUGUCUAUCAAUGGAGCAUCGAAAAUGCGCUGCACCAAAGCUGGGUUCCAGAUGCUGCUAGCGAGCGCUUCAGUCAUAGCCCGCUGCCUCCCUCGCCAGAGCAUCUCCAGAUCACCAACUACACACUGCCUCUGCGGACACAAGGCCGAGAUAUUAUUGAUGCCAACGGUCGUCGUUUCAAGAUGGCAUCAGUGAACUGGUAUGGCGCGAGUGAUGAGUUCUUCGUUGCCGGAGGUCUGGAUAUCCAACAUCGCGAUGAGAUUGCCAAAAUCAUCAAGAAACUUGGAUUCAACAGUGUCAGGCUACCUUAUGCGGAUGAGUUGGUUAUCGAUAACCCAGUCGUUGACGAAAAGCACCUUCGUGCGAACAGCGACUUGGUGGGCUUGCGGGCUCUCGACAUUUUCCACGCCAUUGUCGAGACUCUCACCAAAGCUGGCAUUGCAGUCAUCGUUAACAACCAUAUCACGAGCGCAACCUGGUGCUGCGGUGCCAACCCUUGUGAUGCCGGCUGGUCCAAUGACCACCUGGGUCCUAUCUGUCGGGUGAGGCAGACCGAGGAAGAAUGGAUCCAGCACUGGGAGACGAUUAUGCUGCCGCACAUUAAGAACCCUCUCGUCAUUGGUGUUGAUCUGAGAAACGAAAUCCGCGGGCUUUGGGGAACCAUGCCGUGUCGAGGGCACCGAGUCGUCCAACGAUCUAUCUAG